CCAAUGGUGGCGUUCAACUGCAAAAAACCGGCCAUGCAUAUGACCAAUGAGGGCUGGGUCAGUGACGAUGGAAGUGCUAUUGAAUGCCCCCACGACCCUAAGAACAUUCUAGAAUACUGCAAACGUGUGUAUCCGGAUUUAGACGUACGAAACGUUAUGGAGACUACUGAAUUGAGCCAGAUAACGAACUGGUGUAGAAAUAGCAAGAGGAGAUGCUAUCAUCAUUCGUAUACUGUUAGGCCCUACAAAUGUCUG